GUUGUCUGCGUUUGCUCUUUGGCCCUUCAGGUUUCCGACUGAUGGGUUCCUGCUCCUGGCCCUGCUGCUCUACGCACCCGUGGGGCUCUGCCUCCUCGUCCUGCGCCUCUUCAUCGGCGUACACGUCUUUCUGGUCAGCUGUGCCCUGCCCGACAGCGUGCUGCGACGGUUUAUUGUACGUGUGAUGUGCUCGGUGCUGGGCUUAUUUGUGCGGCAAAGCGAUCCCCAGCUUCGUGAUGUCAGCGUGCGGGUGUAUAUUGCCAACCACGUGACCCAGUUCGAUCACAACGUCGUCAACCUCCUGACCUCAUGCAAUACGCCUGCGCUGAACGGUGCCCCUGGCUUCAUCUGCUGGUCACGGGGAUUCAUGGAGCUGGGCGUAACGGGAAGCCGAGCAGAGCUGGUGGAUUCCCUGAAGGUGUAUUCGUCCCACCGAGGAAACCCACCGCUGCUGCUGUUCCCGGAGGAGGCUGCCACCAACGGCCGGGCCGGCUUGCUCCGCUUCAGCUCUUGGCCGUUCUCAGUCUUGGAUGUGGUUCAGCCAGUUGCCCUACAAGUUCAGAGACCUUUGAUCACUGUGAGUGUGGCUGACUCCUCCUGGAUUACAGAGCUGCUCUGGACCUUCUUUGUUCCCUUCACAGUAUAUCAAGUAAGGUGGAUGCCACCUGUCCCCAGACGAGCUGAAGAACCGAGCGAGGAUUUUGCGCUCCGAGUUCAGGAGCUCUUGGCCGUGGAGCUGGGUGUGGUAUCCACACGGCUCACUGCAGCCGAUAAAUCGGAGCACAUGAAGAGGCUGAGGCACACGUCGCUCCUCCCCUUUGCUCCAGCCCCAAGCCAGCCCCCGGCAGCCCGGCCCAGGAUGCCUUCCCGCCUGACCGGUGUCGCUCCCGAGGAUGUGCGGAUCGCAACGAUGGCUCAGCAGGUCCGGGAGGUGCUGCCCCACGUGCCUCUGGAGGUCAUCAGGAUAGACCUGGCCCAGACCAACUGUGUGGAUACCACCAUUGCCAACUUGCUGGAGGGGAGAGUACCCUUCUUCCCGGGAAGUAAGGAGGCUGGUACUGACCCGCCUGCCCCGUCUACCUCCCAGGCUGCCGCCGCUUUUGGCGCCCAGGGCUCCGUAGCUGCGCCUUCUUCCAAGCCAGCUACAAAGCAGUUCGCAAAGUCCCCCGUGGAGCGGCAUCUGUCCUUGCAGGAGCGGAAGCGGGCGUUGUAUGACUAUGCCAGGAGGUGA